CUAUGGAACGCAAUGCAGCAGCAGCAGCCAAGAAGAAGCAGGAUACUCGCCGCUUGUCGGAAGAGCAACAGGCCCACUCGAUCCUUGCCAAUGAGAAGAUCACCCGUGGCAUGGCCGUGGACUGGGGCGCGAAGGCUCGCAGGAUAUAGUGACUCCAUCCUUGCCAGUGAGGAGAUCAGCCGCAGCAUGGCCGUGGACUGGGGCGCGAAGGGCGAGCAAAGCGAUGCUACUCCCACGGACAAGCAGCUUGCGGUCGUCAUGGUACGGGUCGUCGAUCUGCUCGCCACCUGCGCACUGCAGCAAGAGAAGAUCUUGAAUCUCACGCAAGCCAAUGCAGCCAAGGACGAUGUCAUCGCAACACUCAACAAGAGUGUCUUCGACCUUGAGCAGGGACCGAUUGUCGCCAACGUGGGUCUGUCGAACAUUCCGGACCGCGUCAACGCGUUGGAAGUCAAAGUGGACACCUCGGAGGUUGCAGAUACCAACCUUGACAAACGAUUGACAGCGAUUGCCUUCCACCAACCGCCAAACGAGUCAUCAUCGCAUCUCCCCAAAUUAGACGGAAUCACUAUUUUCAAGGAUUUGUCGGAGAACGAUCCAAUCCCGUGGUGGACGCAGUUCACCCUUUGGUUGGACAUGCUGGAGGUCACACCCACUCCACAACCCGGAUGUCUUUACUCCCGGGCGGUCCAUGUCAAGCAUAGCUGGACAACAUAAUUUAUUGCCACGCAUGGUGUACGUAUCAUCGAUCUUCAUACCAACAUGAAUUGGGAUGAGCUUGCGGCGGCAUGGCACAAGUGGUUCCAAGUGGGACCGGCGGAGAUCGUUGUGAUGGAGGAACUCCUACACUCCAGGCAAGGCUCCCUGACCAUUCCUCCAUCACUCCAAGCAAGGCUCCAUGACCAGCAACGAAUGCAUUACGGAGUACCAGCGCUUGACAAACACUCUGAAGCUUCCGAUGUUGUUCCCCGGCCUCAAGUACAACUUCAUCAAGAGGUCGUGUGCAUUCUCAAUCAAGCUCUUACUCAAGU